UUAGCGCAACGAAAAACAUCAUUUGUACCUAAUAGUAACACUGCCUAACAGACAGCUGUACACGUUAUAAUUAUAAUAGAGGUAAAUUAAAAGUGAAAUUUCAGUUGAAUAUAAUUUGAAUUAAAGCAUUUAAAUACUUGCAAUAAUGGAAUAUAAGGCUGCAGAUGAAGCUUUUGUAAUACAUGAGCAUUGUUUCAGCUGUAUCAAAGUUGCAAAGUGUACUGUACGUCCUCGUCCUGGAGAAAGCUGUGCUAUAAUCACGUGUGAGCUGAAAUGUGGAGCAUGCUUUCAUGGCUGCAAGAAAGGAGAACACCAGCAUUUGUGCAUCAAUGAGAAAGUUCCAUGUAUAAAUUCAGUGAAUGGUUGUCCAGUGUGGAUGUACCGACGUCAUUUAGGGCCACAUCUAGAGAAAUGUCCUGCAAGUGUUGUCCACUGUACUAUGGAGUGGAAUCGAUGGCCACUUGAAAUCAAGGACAGAGACUUUUCUCAUUGUCCGCACCACCAUAAGACCCAGAUGCCACUUGAUGAGGCUCUUGCACUGAGAGAUCAGCGUAUGCUUAAUCAGUAUUGGUGUACACCAAGGAAGACUCGUCGAUCCUUGAGGAAUCCAUUAACAAGAAAAUAUCCAGCUGUUCCUCUACAUCCAUACAGAGGAACACAUGAACCUGAGAGUGCACAAGACAGUACUCAGACCUCUCGAGGAGUAUCAGAUGAUGAGAGUGAUGCUCCUUGGGAAAUGAGAAAGGCCCCUCCUGGUCUACAACGAAGUGUUUGUAGUGAGCUGUAUCGUGCCACACGGGAGACAACAGAGAUGCUGUCAGCAGCAUUGAAUGUCAUUACUAACCACCAAUCUCAUCAAAGUGCAGAUGAGACUUGGAAGGACAGUAACUGUUAUUCAUCAGACAUUGAAGUUUGGAAUGGUAGUUCUGUGGAGAACAAGGAAAAUGUAUGCAGAUUCCAAGUCCAUGUUGCAAAUAUUCCUGAUGGUUGCUUGGACAAACAUAGUUUUUUGCAGGAAGUAACUGAAAGAGAUGAUGUUGAUGCUGAUAGGUGGAGUGAAGCCAGUAGUGGAAGUAAUGAUAGUAUUGAACAAAAUGGAGAAAUUAUAAACAUGCCAAUUGGUGAAAGCAGCUAUGGAACUCUCUUUGUAAAUGAUACCAUUGUGAGUGAAAUAUCUUCAGCUCCUCUGACAGAUUAUGCCAGAAAGAAUGUAAAACCUUCCUUGGUGGUUCUUCCAUCCUCGUCUCAGUUCUCUACAUUUACUCCAACUGCUAACAUCAGUAAUUUGAGCUUAGAUUUAAAUUUGGAGUCUUUGACAAGAUAUCAAGCCAAACCAAAAGCAAUGUACACUUUCCUUUGUGCACAGGAAUUUCGGCGUGAUGAAUAUGCUUGGCACUACCGUAACGUACAUGGUGACAUUCAUGGUGGUCUGAAUGGAUGGUUAGAACAGAGAUGUCCUCUAGCUCAGUAUGGUUGUAUGUUUUCCUGCCGAAGAUUCUACCCCGCUCCAAAAGGAUCUGUAGUUCUACAUAGUGACAUUUUGGAAAGUUUUGGGGUUCAGCCACCUUUGUGGAAUGAUGAGCAUAAUAUUACUAAUCAAAUGGAUUGGAAGCAUACAAGAAGGUCACCAGGAAGAACUGAGAAAUUGACCUUUCAGAGAAGAACAAGCAUGGAGGUGAUUCCUGAAGCUGGUGAUUCUAGUCUGAAAAAUGGAACAUGUGGUGGAAACCAGAAAGGAAUGCUCCACAUCACCCAGUUUCCUUUUGAAGUCCUCCAGCAUAUUGCAAGGUUCCUUGAUGGCUUUAGUCUGUGUAACUUGGCACUUACAUCGAAACUCUUCAGAGACAUAGCUAGCUCUUUACUGGAUGAGAAAGGACUGGUCAUUUUUCAGUGGGAAAGGAGAAAGUGUUCUGGUGGGAGAUAUUCAUGGUGUCAGGCCUACAAGAGAUGGUUUUUCAGCACUGCAUUUUCCCCCAUUUACAAGUGGUGUUUUGAGGAUGGUUCUCACAUGUCAAACCAUUUACAGCAGUGUCCUUAUUUCUUUCGAAAUAUUAAAUAUGAACCUUUCUAUUUCCCUAUGAGCAAAGAGCCAAACCAGGAAACCUUUGAAAAGCUUAAAAAUAUGAUUAGACUUCCUGAAGAGAGUGACAAAGACAGUGAUUUGUUACUAUGACUGAAUUUUGAUGCUUAUUUAGGAAAUGUAUGUCUAACUCCAUAAGAUAAGUAAUCUAUUUUUCAGAAGUCAUUAGUAAGGUGGCCAACAAUAAUGGCAACAAUAAGUUUAAAGUUAUAUUACUAUUCAAAUAAAUCAUAUAUUUCUUAAGUUGCAUUUUAUACUUUUUACUAUUUGUAAACUAAAAAUUAAAAAGAAAAUUAUUGCCAAUGAGGAUUUUAAUGUAAAGUUAUGUAUAACCUAGAAUAAGCCAUGAUGAUAUUUUAAGUAUCCUCUAAUUGCUAUUUCCUGUGCAUAAAAAAAAAUUGGGCAUUUUUUUUUUAAAUGGCAAUUUUUGGCCACUUUCAUGUUUUGAUGGCUGUCAUAUGAUAUGUGAUAUACAAUGCAAGCGAUGUUUGUAUUUAGUAGUGGUUGCCACCUCUAUAAAAGAUAUAACAGUAUAAUAUCAUACCAACUUCUUCAGCGAAAGUAUUGCAGCUGUGAUACUUAAUUUUUGUUAUAGGGUAUAGUUAUGAAGGCUUCAUAAUUCAAAUAAAUUUGAAGUAAGAAGAUGUGGCAAAAGAAGUUAGACUUCAAGUAAAAGCUGCAUUAAAGAUGUGAUUGGUUUGAUGUUUUUCUGAUGGGUAAACUUUGUUUCAUUGUAAUGAAACUACCUUAUUCUAAUUUGAGGUUGUUAUUGAUGUUAUAGUUUUACUACUGCAUUGUUCGUUUGAGUUAUUACGUAUCCCUAAUGUGCCUAUGAAAGUUUAGUUAUUUAAACAUUGGAGGUAGAAUGUAAAGAAAUUGUCAAUCAGAAGUAAAGAUUGAGCUAUAUCUGUAACAACACUAAAAAAUUCUUUUACAUGCCUUACUCUCUUCAUUGAAUUAGAAAAUAACUUGGUCUUAUCUGGUUACUUAGUGUUCAGUUUACAUAUGCUCAUCAUUAUACUUGCCUUUCCUUAAUAUUAGUCAUGAUAUAACAUGACUGUUAUGAAAGCAUGGACUUUAGGAGUAACAAUAAUUUGGUCUUGAACUGUUUCUAUAACUGGUUACCAUAUGUUCUUAUAAUAUUGUUUUGUGUGAAAGUAUGAGUUUUGUAUACAACCAAAAUUAUUUUAAACUCAUAGCACAGCAUAUGAUCAAAGUGUUUUGUUUUUUUAAUAAAAAAAAUUGAGUGUUUCAAAAUGUUUUUAGUAGUAAAGAUGGAAUUGUAUGCAAUACUGUAGACCUUGUAUGAACACAUUUGUGUUAUAUGUUAGUUAUGGUGUUACAGAAAAAUGCAUUAGCAAACACUUAUUUUUUGUUUUAGUCCUGCAGAAAGAAGGGUGGUUGGAAGGUGAGUAGUUGUAACUCCAUUUUUUAGGGUAAGAUGGGUGGUUGGUAGGUGAGUAGUUGUAACUCCAUUUUUUAGGGUAAGAUGGGUGGUUGGUAGGUGAGUAGUUGUAACUCCAUUUCUUAGGGUAAGAUGGGUGGUUGGUAGGUGAGUAGUUGUAACUCCAUUUCUUAGGGUAAGAUGGGUGGUUGGAAGGUGAGUAGUUGUAACUCCAUUUGUUAGGGUAAGAUGGGUGGUUGGUAGGUGAGUAAUUGUAACUCCAUUUGUUAGGGUAAAGAACUCUUUCAUAUCAUCAAACUUCUGUUCAUACAUUACAUUUAUUCAUUGUUAGUAAAAUCAACUUGGAAUUAAUAUUGCUUCUGUGAACUUGUAUUUUUACAUAAUUACCAGAAGUACCAUAUUUUAUUUUUAAUUUAGUAUGUUGGUAGUAUCACGUUUGAGCUUUAAAUAUCACAUUUUCUGAUGAUCAAGUAUAAUUAAUCCAACCUAAUGUACUAAUGCAUGUACACAUAAUGGUGAAGAUAAAUUCAUGUUACAUUUGUAAAUUUGUCCUAACAACCCUGAAGUAAUAUAGUAGGAUUAACUUUAAGUAUUUUGAAUACUCUAAUGAAAGUCAGGGUAAAUUCACAUAUAUGUGAGCUUUCUAUGGUCAGAAUCUUUUUUUCUAGUGAUUAUUGCUAUUUAAACUUGCUAGUCGCAAGUACUUACCAUGUGUUGUUUUUAAUAUUGAUAUUUAUCUUUAGUGUGUUUUAAAAUUUAAGUAUUCUUACAUAGGUAAAUGAAUUGUGUAUUUGAUACUCCCUGUAGACCUGGGUUUGAGAUUUAAGUAAUAUUUUUGUGUUUUAUAUAGAAAAUUUGCAUUACAUAUAAUUGAUUUAUUAUCACUCUAGCUGGCAUAGAAGUUUCUGUUCUUACCUGUGUUAUAAAUCUUAGCUAAGAGAUUUUUUGAUUAAUCACUGUUAGCUCCGCUUUCAGUAUAAUGAGUUGUGAUCUUAUAUCUAAUUUUUGCAUUUGUUAGUAUUUAUAAUACAUUAUGGUGCCGUUGUUGAGGUUUCUAAAUGUAAAUUAUAGAAAAAAUGUCAAAUUUAAUAUUUUUCUUUCAUUAUUUCCUUUUCACUUUUGAGAAUUACAUUUUUUUUUAAAUUGCAUAAUAAGCUGAACAGGUUAUCUAAGUCUUUUUGAGAGUACGGUUUUCAUACAUUGAAUUUCAUCUAAAGCAAAUAUUAAAGGAGGAAAGCUGGCCUUGUUGUAUUUUUCUGGUCGUAACAGUUUAACAAUACAUAUACAUUCAGGUUUUCAAUGUGUGUUAGUAUUUGUGUUUAUUUUUGUUGAAGUUAAAUUGUUUUCAAAAAGGAGAACAAUUAUCUCAUAGAAUAGUGUUAUUAGACUUUAACUGACUGUUUUUGGUUUCUUUUUUAAUAAAAAAAUUUUAAAUUGUUAAUCCUAAUGAUACCAUUAGUCAUUGAGACAGACCAAAUGUGUAAUAUUUUUGAGAUGUUUUAUUUUUUUAAUCAUUAAAGGUACCCAAAAACAAAACAUUUAAAUGUAGAAUAGCAACAUGUUACUGGUAAAUGAAUCUGAACUAUGAAAAAAGCUAAAGUUGGCAUAUUAUCUAUGUUCCAACUCUUUUCCUCUUGAAUUCUGCAAUUUGAAGCCAUUUUUUAGCAUGUGUGCCUUGUGUUUGUAGGUAUAUAAAUUCCAGAAGAUUUUCCUAACAUUGCAUAUCCUGAUUUUUGUAGGUAUAUAAAUUCCAGAAGAUUUCCUAACAUUGCAUAUCCUGAUUUUUGUAGGUAUGUAAAUUCCAGAAGCUUUUCCGAACAUUGCAUAUCCUGAUUUUUGUAGGUAUGUAAAUUCCAGAAGCUUUUCCCAACAUUGCAUAUCCUGAUUUUUGCAACAUUAGUUUUCAUAGCUUAAGAAAAAUCUUUGUUUAUUUACAUCUUUGUUAGUGUUGCUAUCAUAUCUUGACAGUUUUUUUUUGUUUUUGUGAAUGUAAUUUGACCUUCAAAACUAUUUCUAUGUUGCUAGCUAUCUCUGUCCAUCAGACUCAACCCAGGGUAUUCAGAUCAUGUUUUUUAAGCUAUAAUUUGCAUCUAGUUGUUUAUAAGUUUUGCUCCUUUUACAAGUGUUUUCAAGGCAAUUGGCAAAAAAGUACAAGUUUUAUUUAUUGUCUGACAAGUUAAUCUGGUUCCUACUCAGUGCAUAAAUAAAAUUAGUCGUGCAUCCUUUGUGGAACAUUUAUGUACGUAAUAUAAUCUGUUAAAAAUUUAAAAUACUGUGUAAGUUAACAAAUAUGGCUUAUUUUACUUGUUCUUCAGAAUGAAUAUUUUGGAUAAUUAUACCUGAUAAGUUGAUCCUGUUUGUUCACUUUUUAAAACAUUUUUUGUUUGCAAAAAAAAGUGUUUCAUUAUUGAUGAGCUAUUAAUUCUACCAAUACUUAAUAUUGAAUGAUUAAAAAAAAUGUUUUUUAAGAUUACACUUACAUAUUUUUCAAAGCACAAAACAAGGUUGUUUUUGCUUCCUCUAACUAAUGUUAACUAAACUUAAGUGUUUGAUAUGGAUAAUCAUGCUGGUGGUUAUGAAAUUUUUUUUGUUAUUUAGAUUGAAAAAAGUAAAACAUUAUUCUCUAAUUUAGAAGUUGAGAUGAAAUUCAGAUUUCAUUGAAAAUCAACCUGUUCAUUAAACUAAGUAUGUGUAGUUAGUAUUUUGUUAAAACAAUCACUUUGUGUGUGUGUGUGUUUUUUUUUUUGUCAUCUCCUGGUAAUUUUCCAGUUUGUAACUAUUUCUGAGUCAUGUAUGCUGGUCACUGGUUUUUAUUUAAAAUCUAAAACAGCUUGGUUGUAUGACUGUAGCAUAUGUCUGAAAGGACAAAAAGUAUGAACUAGAUGGUUAUAUUGCCAUAUGUUUACCUUUUAUGUUCUCUCUUGUAAUGGGUCACAGAUUAUUUAUUACAUCUGGUUUAUUUUUUGUGUUUGUGUGUAUGUAUCCAUUCUUACUGGAGCAUUACAGAUUUAUUGAGUUUGGAUAGAAAACUGGCUGAUGUUAUGGUUCAUGAAUAUUCUUUUUGUGAUUAUUUUUUUUAUUUUGUACAUCAACAUGAUUUCCAAACACUUAUCUUUGGUUAGUGCCUUAUUCAUGGUUAUGUUCUUGUGACAAACAGAAAACUAACAAAUGGCACAUACAUUUACAUGCUUACUCACUUUGUUAAACAAAGGUUAGUGGGUUUAAGACCAUUAACAAAUUUAAAUGCUGAAGUAAUUAGAUUAAUAUCUUUUU